AUGAAGACCACCGCCAUUCUCGCUAUCGCCGCCUCGACCGUCGCCACCGUCGCCUCUGCCGAGCUCCUCAAAUACGGUGCCCCCAUCUCCUCGACCGUCUGGACGGCCGGUUCGGAUGCCACCAUCUCCUGGACCAACACCUGCGCGGACCAGACCACCACCACCUUCCCCGUCAUGCUCCAGACCCAGCGUGCUGACGGUGUCCAGAUCCCCGUUGCCGGUCUCGCCUCCCUCGGCGACUUGGACUGCGCUAAGGCCGGCUCGCUCUCCGUCAAGGUUCCCACCACCGUCCCCUCGGGCAAGCUCUACUCGAUCUUGGUCACCAACGGCAACCAGUCCUACUCGGCCCUCUUCACCAUCGAGAACGCUGCCAUCCCCGACCCCUCCGCCAACGUCACCACCACCACCGCCUCCGGUGUUCCUACUUCCACCGCCUUGCCCACCGGCACCAGCACCGUUAACGGAACCGCUUCUGCCACCAAGCCCUCCGUCACCGCUCCCACCACCUCCACCACCACCAAGCCCAACAACGCUGGUGCCCUCAAGACCGGCUCUGUCGCUGCCUUGGCCGUUGCUGCUGCCGUCGCUGCCUUCAUCUUCUAA